AUGAAUACUGUGUUAUUGCGGAAAAAGAAAAAUGUCGAGGGAAGAGAGGAUACUGUAGGGUUAGGUGAAACUGAAGAGAUUCCACCUCAAGAUGCCGACAUGAAUAAUAGGAACGAAAUUGAGAACUUAGAUGAUGAUAAAGAGAACAAGGAUGACAAAGCCUCUAAAGUCCGACAAAAGAAGAAUACUGGACCAAGAUGGAAACUUAUUGAAGAGGAAUUGCCCAAAUUUCCUCUUUGGUUCCUCCUUAUUCAAUUGUCACUGAUAUUAGGGAUAAACCAGCUAAUAUCACUUAUAGACAAUUAUUACGAGCGUCUCAAAAUAUGUGCCAGAAAUUAG